ACAAUCAGGGGCAUUUAAUACGAGCCAAUUAUCACCACACCUUAUCUUCAACAAAGAGACACCGGAGAUUCUAAAGUCCAACCGCAUCUGAAUCUUUGUGAAUCAUGCUGUCCAAAUGUAUCAGCAUCAACCUCCAUCCCCAUCUUCAAUUUUCGCAGAAACGAAUCACCCCCUGCAAAUUCCCCACACCAUUGUUAUCAGCAAACAGAUACACCAAAGCAACUUCCUCUCACAUCUUCUGCUCCCCUUCUCUCAGGGAAAAAUGCAGCAUUUUGAUCAGCAUGGCAUCAGCCAAAACCGAUUUCACCUCUGAUUUCAACAACUUCCAGCCUGACCCCACCCUCACCAAUGAAGAUCUCAAGCCAACAGAACUCAAUCAGAGGACUUUCUCCGGGUGGGAAAUGGCUUGUCUUUGGAUUGGCCUUGUGGUUGGUGUCCCUUCAUACUACUUGGCUGGUAGUCUUGUGGAUCUCGGCAUGGCUUGGUGGCAAGGAAUCGCCACUGUCGUUGCUGCAAAUAUAAUUUUAUUAAUCCCUUUAAUACUCACCGGCCAUCCUGGAACCAAAUAUGGAAUCUCUUUUCCUGUGUUGGCUAGAUCUUCUUUUGGUAUCCGUGGGGCUCAUAUUCCUACACUCCUUAGAGCAUUGGUGGGCUGUGGUUGGUAUGGGAUUGAAACUUGGAUCGGUGGUGAGGCAAUUUUUCUUCUUUUGCCUAAUUUCAUUAAGCAAUCUUCACUGUCUCAGAAUUUAGCUUGGCUUGGUACAUCUCCUUUAGAAUUUGCUUGUUUUAUAGCCUUCUGGUUUGCCCAAUUGAUCAUUGUUUGGAAAGGGAUAGAAGGAAUUAGAGAGCUUGAAAAGUACUCAGCUCCAAUUUUGAUCAUCCUCACUGCAAGUUUUCUUUUCUGGGCUUAUUCCAAAGCCCGUGGAUUUGGCCACAUGCUCUCUAUGACUUCCAGGCUAUCUUCUUCAGAAUUUUGGUCACUAUUUUUCCCUUCACUCACUGCAAAUAUCAGCUUUUGGGCUACUGUUGCACUUAACAUUCCUGAUUUCACUCGAUACACCAAGAGCCAAAGGGAUCAAAUUGUGGGUCAGGCUGGUCUUCCAAUUUUUAUGGGGGCAUUUACAUUUGUUGGCCUCGCAAUAACCUGCUCUACUGAAGUCAUUUUUGGCCAUGUUAUUUCUAGCCCAAUUCAACUUCUGGGACAAAUUGGAGGAAUCACAACAAUAAUAUUAGCCAUUUUAGGCAUCAGUCUGGCCACCAUUACAACCAAUAUUGCAGCCAAUGUUGUGGCUCCUGCAAAUGCACUUGUUAAUCUCAGUCCUGCAAAUUUCACAUUCAGAAGAGGAGCUCUUUUGACUGCAUUGAUUGGAAUCGCCUUCCAGCCUUGGAGGCUGCUGAAAUCCAGUGAGAGUUUUGUGUACACAUGGUUAGUUGGGUACUCUGCAUUGUUGGGUCCAAUUGGUGGUAUAAUUUUAGCAGAUUAUUAUCUUAUUCACAGAUCAAAACUAAGUGUCAAGGACUUGUAUUCUUUGAGUCCUAAUGGAGCUUACUACUACUCAGGGGGCUACAAUUUGGCAGCAAUUGCAGCUUUGAUUAUUGGGAUUUUGCCUGUGCUUCCUGGUUUGUUGAACAAGGUUGGGUUCCUCUCUCCAAUCCCUGAUAGUUUUACCGUAAUCUAUAACAAUGCUUGGUUUUUCAGCUUCUUCUCUGCAGGUUUCAUCUAUUGGGUUCUUUCAUGUUUGAAAGGAAAACAAGACUCUCCACCAUUAGAAAAGGAACCCCUUUUGCCCAGUACAUCAGCUUAAAACAUUUCCUCUGGUUAUUUACUUGGUAACAUCAUAGUUUUGCACUGUAAAGAUAAAACUAUAUGUUAUGAAAAAGAAAAUUAUACACAAAUUAAAUUGUUAUUUGUUUUGUUCAA